AUGCGACGCGAGAGUCCGAAUUUCUCUGAGACGCGUCAGCAUGACGAGGUGUCAUUUGAGAGAGCAGCGGCAGUGCGCUGGGGGGCGUGGGGCGUGGGGCGGCAGCAGCGGCGGUCACUGCUGUGGCAGUGGUUCCGCGAUGCUCCUGAUGGACUCGUCUCGUCCUCCGUUGACCUACUCACUCGGGUCAACGCAGUCAACGAUCUCAAUGCAGCGAACCGAGUCGCUCCAGUCAACGACUCGUUGGCAGCCGUGCAAUGCGGCUCGAUAGCUGCAGGAUCGGGUUCGAACUCGGCCUGUUGCCUUGCAACCAGGGCCGAGCAACGGACGGCCACUCAAACAGAGAUGCAGGUGGGGAAGGUGCAAGCGGGGGAGGGGGAGAUGGGGAACGUGCAAGUGGGGGAGGUGUUGGGGCGGCCAGUGGAGGACAUUCGGCGGGAGUGGCUUCUGCUGAGGAAAGAGAUAGGCAGGGGGCAGUACGGCGUGAUUCGGAGAUGCGUGCACCGCAGCACCGGGGAACACGCUGCGUGCAAGAGCAUCCGAAAGUCCGCCAUUCAGAGUGCUGCUGAUGUGGAGGCAGUGCGGAAUGAGGUGGCAUUCAUGGAGGAACUCGAGGGCCAUCCCAAUAUCAUUCAGAUCAAGCAGGCUGCCGAGACGAACAAGCACGUGCACGUGGUGAUGGAACUCUGUGAGGGGGGAGACCUGUUUGACCACAUUGACUCGCAAGGAAGGCUCUCGGAACCUUCUGCAGCGCGCAUCUUCCGAUCGCUCAUGCUGGCCUUGCAGCACUGCCACUCGCACGCCAUCGUGCACCGCGACAUCAAACCCGAAAACGUUCUUGUAUCGGACACCACGGCUUAUAUCGAGGAUGUCCCAGGAGCUCUGUUCACCAUGUGCCCGGAAUCGCCUGAAAGCGUAAAAUUGAUUGAUUUUGGAGUUGCUGCCAGAAUGGUUCCCGGUGUUCCUCUUUCUGAGGAGGUGGGGACCGCGGAAUACAUGGCCCCCGAGGUGUUUUCAGGGGCGUACGGCCGGGAGUGCGAUGUGUGGAGCGCCGGUGUCACGCUCUUCAUUAUGCUCUGCGGCCAGACUCCUUACCUACGUGAUAGACCUGUCAACUCUAGCAGCAGCAGCAGCAGAAAGGGCAGCAGGGGCAGCAGCAGUGGGGAGGAGGGAGCGGAAGCUGAAGAGGGUGUGUGGCGGAGGGUGGUGGAGGCGAAGAGGAGGGGGUUCAGCCACAGCCGGAGGUGGCAGGAGCUGUCGUCACCAGCCAAGCAUCUCAUCAUUCACAUGCUCUCUGCUGAACCCACCACCCGAAUCACCGUGGACGACAUUCUUGAGCAUGAAUGGGUUGUGGCCUCAGAGGGGAGAGGAAGGACAUGGUUGGAACUGGCUCACUAA